AUGGCUUCUAAAGAACCAGUUGCUGUUAUCGUUGUAGGAGGUGGCCUAAGUGGUUUGUCCUCGGCCAAGUUGCUUCAUGACCAAGGAGUCAGCGUUCUUCUUUUGGAGGCGAGAGAUCGUGUUGGCGGCAGAACAUUUACUAUCUUUAAUGACAAAGUAAAAUAUGUCGACUUGGGAGGCGCCUACGUUGGACCCACACAAAACCGAUUAUUACGAAUGGCAAGAGAAUUUAAUGUAAAAACUUUCUUCACCAACGAAAAUGAGGACCUGGUUAUGUUCCACAAGGGAAUUUCUCACAAAUUCCGAGGUGCAUUUCCAAAAAUGAAUUUUCUUGCGAGGCUCGAUAUGAACAAUCUUUUAAGACUAAUGGAUCAAAUGGCAGAAGAGAUUCCCAUUUCAGAACCCUGGAAGGCUCCCAAGGCACGUGAAUGGGACACUAUGACAAUGAAAGACUUUUAUGAUAAAGUUAUUUGGACCAAAACUUGCCGAACAUUUGCUGAUUUGUUUGUCAAUGUGAAUGUUACAGUUGAACCAUACGAAUGUUCCCUUCUGUGGUUCUUAAACUACGUACAACGGUGCGGUGGAACGAAUAGAAUAUUCAGUACAACGAAUGGCGGUCAGGAGCGAAAAUUCGAAGGUGGCUCUCAGCAAAUCAGUAAAGCGAUUGCCAAAUAUUUAGGAGACAGAGUCUUAUUGGAACACCCAGUCUGCAAAAUUACACAAAAUGAAAGAGAAGUAAUUGUUAAAGAUAUCAAUGGGCGAGAAUUCAAAGCCCAAUAUGUCAUCAUGGCGUCUCCUGUCAGUCUUCAAAACCAAAUCAAUUUUACACCGACCCUGCCAACUCUGCGCAAUCAACUACUACAAAGAAUACCCAUGGGGACAGUCAUUAAGACGUUCCUGUAUUACGAUCGACCCUAUUGGAGAGAAAAAGGUAUGUGUGGCUCAUCUGCAAUAAUGGAAGAAGGUUCCAUAAUAGGGUUCACAUUAGACGACGUAAAACCAGACGGAUCGCACCCAGCUUUAAUGGGUUUUAUUCUGGCGACCAACGCACAUCAUUAUAUCAAAUUGACCCGCGAACAGCGAAGAGACAGAAUAGCCAAGUUGUAUGCGAAAGUGUUUCAGUGUGAACAACUCGCCCACCCGAUUCACUAUGAAGAGAAAAACUGGGCAGAGGAGAAAUACAGUGGUGGUUGCUAUACAGCCAUGUUGCCCCCCGGAUUCCUCACUGUGUUUGGAGAGUAA